UGUGAGCUUCUGGCGGGGUGCUGAGGAGGAGCGGCAUCAGCCAGAGGUGGAGGAGAUGGGCUCACAUAUAUGAAUCACAUGUCCACCUGCAGGCAGGAAAGCAUCUCAGAGACAUCGAAGGACGACCAAUUUGGGCUUUUUCUUUGUGUGUGGGAAUCUCUGCUCUAGGUUACAGCAGCUGCCAACAUCAGGAGCUUAUCGGACGCCUGCUCGACCUGUACAAAUCUGCAUCAAGAAGAAUGCAUCCAAACAACUACUUACCUGAGCUGGUGGCUGAGAAAAAUACGUUGGACCCUCAGUUUGUUCAUGCUGUGCGUCUGCUUGCAGAGGAAAUUGAAAAGCAUGAAGGUGAUGAACUGCGAAAAGAUGGCAUUAUGAAGAAAUACCUUGAUAUUAUCAGCAAUAAAAAUAUCAAGUUGUCCGAGAGAGUUCUCAUCCCAGUGCAACAGUACCCUAAGUUUAAUUUUGUUGGAAAGCUGCUGGGGCCUCGGGGAAAUUCCAUGAAAAGGCUACAAGAAGAAACAGGAGUGAAGAUGUCCAUCCUCGGAAAAGGGUCUAUGAGGGAUAAAGUCAAGGAAGAAGAAUUGAGGAAAAGUGGAGAGGCCAAAUAUGCACAUCUGAGCCACGAUCUUCAUGUUUUAAUUGAGGUCUUUGCUCCACCGGGUGAGGCCUAUUCCCGUAUGAGUCACGCCUUGGAGGAGAUUAAGAAAUUCCUUGUUCCAGACUACAAUGACGAGAUCAGACAGGAGCAACUACGAGAGCUCUCACUGUUGAAUGGCUCUGACGAGUCCAAAACAGGCAGGAGCACACAAGGAAGGAGCUCUCGGGCAGCAACUACAGUAUCCAGCAGGGCCCGGAGGAAUACGGGAAGGAGCACGGUAACGCCUCGGGGGACGGCGACCGCCACACACAGCAAGCUCCAUGCGUCUGUUUUAAAGAGGGAUGCUCAAGCCCCGAGAGCCAGGGCAGCAGCGAAGGUGGCAAGUGGAGGGUACCGACCCUCGCUUUUAGCAGGCACUCAUGAAUCAUACGACGACUAUGGCUACGACGAUGGAUACGGAGGAGAAUACGACGACGAGAGCUACGACGCUUACGAUGACAACUACAGCAAUCACUCCAAGAGCAUCUCAGAUUACUAUGAAUAUGGACAAGGAAUAAAUGACGAAUCCUACAGUAACUAUGAGGAUGAGUGGCCCACUUCACGUCCCAGUCUUAAAGCUCCGGUUCUGCAGCUGACAAGAGGGGGAUACAGAAAACAUCCUUAUGGUAGAUACUGAAGGUGCUCCAUACAUAUGGCCCGUCUAAUUAUUUAUCAUAUUUAUAUUUACUUCAAGUAAUAUUUGUCCAUUCCAUUCAGAUAAGCCCUUAAAGCAGCUGUUUUCAAAGUGUGAAAAGAGCACUUCUGGGCAGCAACUUGAGAAAAAUCAAGAAAUAUACUUAAGUCACGUGUUAAAGGCAAAAUGAAUUGAGUUUUAGGUUUAGUUAUUUGUUCUUUAAAUUGCGUGAAUUAAAGUGAAUAUGGGGAAAUGUUAGCAUUUGUUUUUUUUGGACAACAACUUAUAUUUUUCACUGAAAAAACAGAAACUCCUGCUCUGGCCUAAAUUAGAACUAUUUAACUGGCGGUCCAUGGGCCAAAUGCAGCCCAUGAAUGGCAUCAGAGUGGCCCACUCCGAGAGGUCCUUUGAUUGACGUUUCUUUGUAAUCUGUCCUUAAAGACAGCGGAGUGCUCCUGUUAUAUAGAGGAUCCUAGACUAGUGUAUUUUGUUGUUGUAGGUCCUUAAAAACAGCACGGUGCUCCUGUCAUAUAGGGCAGUGGUCACCACCCUUUUUGGCCCACGGACCGGCUCACGUUCCCAUCAGCCGCUGCGGACCUGGGGUGGGGGAACAUUGUAGUGAUGUAAUGCUAUUAUUAUUUAUUUAUGAGGACUGUGUAUAAAACAAAUUGCGUGUUUCCAGACCCAAAACGAAAGAAGGGAUAACAAAUCGUUUUCCCUAUUUGUGCACAAUUGAAAAAUGGACAAAACGGAUAACGGCCGAUUGUCCAACUUCGAUUUGAUGCAAGCCAUGUGACCCAGAAGUGAUGUUGCCCUUUACAGGGCGGGGUUAGCUGCGGAUGACCAUCACAAGCAUGUGCAAUGCACCGACAGCACAGCGACAUGCACUCAUGAAGACCAAACUAUUGUAUUAAGUAUGAAGCAUAUAAAGAUAUUGUACUUGCUAAAGGAAGCAUGGCUGCAGCUGCUUAAAGCAGGAGGGAAGGCUGGCAGAAAAUCACCAACAACGUGAAUGCGUAAGUUUGCCACAUCGUUAACGAACAAAUACACACUAUGCAUAUGAACUGCAAUACAUUACUACUGUAUUGUCAUGGUAUAGUUGACCACUUUUGUUUGAAUCUUUCUGUUCAGUUUUCAGUUCAGUCAACGUGUGAACAAGCAACAACAAAAAUGAAAUAUAAAUAAAAAUAAUAUUCAAAGUGGUAAGUCAUGUCAUAGGAGUACGAUGCUUUAAGCGUGUCUGUGGUAGUGCUGCAUCAUUACAUUAAAAUACACUUAAAUGUGACGUAGCUCACAGAAAUUCAACUAAAGUAAAGCAGAAAGGAGGCACAGAAUUUUACUGUGGCUGAGGAAUUGUCAUGCCAGCAAUAAUGAGUGACAAGUAGAAGGUCUAUUUUUAUUUAUAUGAACAACAGAACAGAUAAUAGACAUGUGAAAUUAAAUAAAAUACUUGGAAAUGGAAACUAUUGUCUUUCCUUUUUAUGGGCACUGUAAGUGCAGUGUUUCGUCGUGUCUCAUUGAGUACGUUUACAUGCAGUUAAAUAACCCUAUCAUAACCGGAAUAUUAGCAAUAACCCGGUUGGGCAUGGCCAUGCAAACACCAGUAACCCUUUUGGAAAAACCCGAAUAUGCUCAUAUUCCGGUUUGUAAAAACCCGAAUAUUACCCCUGGCUUACUCCUUUUCUAACAUGAAAAUCGUGUCACGUAUACACCUAUCGGGAUAUCCCGAUCAAAAGGAACAUUCAUUUGUGUUCUGCGCAUGUUCUAUUCGAAAGGAAUCUUGUGUCUUUGGCAGGAACUACUUGUAAACAUGGUGACACGCAAAACCCCACACUUUUGGAGCGAGGGGGAAACAAGCCACCUCGUUAGUGUGGUGAAAGACAGGAACAUUAUGUCUUUUAUUGACAGUAGAAGGUACCGCAAAAGCGAAAUCUAUUAGAAGGUGAUCAAGCAGUUACGCGAAACAGGGUUUGUAUGAACGCAUCUUCAAAAGUGUCCGGGGGGCUCUGGGAAUGUAUAGCAUGGAUGUGGAUGGCACAGCUCUGGCUCCAUUUCCUAUUUCUUCACGUUCUUGCCUUCCAUUAAUGGAAAAAGUGAGAUAGAAUAGUGUACUGAUGGUGGGUCAGUACCAGCACCAAAGUGCAAACAAAGGCGUUCAUUAUCCGCUGUGCCGGUGUUGUUGUUUUUGGAUACAGGAAGAAGAAGCGGAAAUGAUGUUUACCAAACAUUGUCCGCGCACUUUUUGUUGUUUUCUUUCCACAUCAGGCAUGUAAACGGGUUAUUCCGAAUGUUUCAGAAACCGGAAUAUUGACCCUAACCCGAUAAUUGACCGCAUGUAAACGUAGUCAUUGUAAACAUACAACCCCAGAAGCAGGAAGAGAUAAGCCAGUCCCUCCAACAACAGCUUUCCACAUGAAAAUCGUGGAGAAAAGCAAAAGGGUUUUGCCCAAUCUCUUCAAAUCCUUGCUUUUAACUCUUAUAUCCAGGCACUGUCAAUGAAUGAUGACGUAAUUUCCUCAGGGACAACUGAAUGGUCAAUGGGCAGGACUGUUAUAGGCUGCCAUCGCUUAUUGGUCAGUAGGCGCUACUGUUACUGGCUCUGAUCUUGCACAAACGAAACCUACACAGGAGCAGGUUCGCUCCAGCGUAUCAACGACCGUGGCCACAUACGGUAUCCGAAGAAAUGAACCAGCUUUGUAAUACGGCUAAAUGUUAGGCGGAGCUCCUCUCCUUGCGUGUGAGAAGCAAGCAAACGCACAACAUAAGCAUGUAGUCUCAGGAUGUAUUCAUUUGUCAUUACACACUGCAACCAUGAACACCACAUCACCGGAAAUAGGAUUCCUCACUUUUCCAGCGCCACAUUUAUUACAAUAUUUAACACAAAAUCCUCAAACUCCUGCUUUGUAGUACACGCCCCUUGAGACUGGUUCCUCCCCCGGUGUAAGUGGAAAAAAAAAAAGAUGCGCAAAUUAUUUUGUCUUUUUUAAACAGGACAAAUGUGUUCACCCUUUAUGCUGCUGGCUGUGCUGCUGUCUCUCUCUUCUGGGUUCCAUGGAUGGCAACAAAUCGAAGUUGGACAUUUGGACAAUUGCCGUUAUCCAUUUUGUCCAUUUUUCAAUUGUGCACAAAAUCAGAAAUGAGAAAAAUGAUUUGUUAUCCGUUUUUUUUUGGCGGGGGUCUGGAAACAAAUAUUGAAAAAAUAAGUUGUUAUUCAUUUUUUGUAGUUUUAUUUUCAAAAACGAAUGAUACACAAAUUAUAAUAGCGCCAUCAAAUCUUACCCUUAUGAAUUCACACACAGCAUCAGCAAAUGUAAGUAUCUGUGCAGCAUCAGAGAAAGUUAGCACACGCAACCAAGAUGCGUUCAAUGGCCGUUGAACAACGCGGGAAGGAAUUUCUAACUGUAUAUUAUUUUUCCAAUAAAAUAAUCACCCUUAUUUCCAACGGUGAUAUGCAUUCACCUAAAAUUUGAUGUAGUUAUUUACAAAAAUAUAUUUUUUUUAAGUUUCUUUUUUUUUUUUUAUCACUGCUUCGUAAAGUUUUCCCGGUACCGGUCCGUGGGAAGGGCCGAACCAGACAGCGGCCCUGUGGUUGGGGGACCCCUGAUAUAGUGUUUUUUGUUGUAGGUCCUGAAAAACAGCAGGGCACUCUUUUCGUAUAGAGGAUCUUUGACUAGGGUUUUUGCAGUAGUCCUUAAAAAUAGCAGAGCACUCGUGUUAGAAGAUCUUUGACGAGCAGUUUUGUAGCAGUUCCUUAAAAACAGCAGCGCAUGUCUUGUAGCUUUCUGAAAGUGCCCCCUGCAACAAUUUUGUUUAAAUGGAGACAACAGUAGAGCCAUAACAAAAUAAUAGGUAUCAUAUAACAUUUACUCAAGUUUACACUUUGAAAACCACUGCUUUCGUGUGCAUUUAUUUAUGCUGUGCCCUUUGAAGGGAAAUUGCAUUUCUUUCUUACACAUUUUCCUUUUUAUCACCCUUGAUGCCAUGAUAAUCACACACCAUAAAAACAACAUACGAAUAGUUUUGCCCUAAAAUCCAACCUCAAUCCCCAUUAAAACAAAUUAAAAAGUCUGACUUCUGCACACCACUUUUAGCUAGCAAAUGUGGAUUUUGUAAGUGCAGGUUUGUGAUGACUGCUUGGAAGUAGUGGCAUGGUUUACCAAUAACUGUAGGAAGGUGAAAAUAAGUAAAGAAUAAAAAACAUAAUGUGCAGCUCUACUGUAAAUCUUUACCUGAAGUUGUGUUAAAAAGGACUUUAUCCCGUAGACUAAAUUUAGGUCUAAUGUGGUUUUCCGUUCUCUGAGAUACAAUCGAUGCAAAAAAUGUUUUUCUUUGGAUUUGAAAGCAAUCAACCAUUGUACAGUGUGUACUUUAUAUUGAGUGCUUUUGUGAAUUGUGUCCAAUUGAAAGUGAAUAAAAGAAUAAAACACAUUUUGUGCAGUUCUAAAUCUUUACCUGAAGUCGUGUUAAAAUGGACUUUACCCCGUAGACUAAAUCUAGGUCUAAUGUGUUUUUUCAAUCUCUAAGAUACAAUCGAUGCAAAAAAAUGUUUUUCUUGGGGGUUGAACGCAAUCAAGCACGAAGCAGUGUGUACUUUAUGAGUGCUUUUGUGAAUUGUGUCAAUUUGUACAUAGAGUAUUUCAUAAAAACAAAACUCCAGCACCAUGUGUUAGACUCUGUAAACAGGUUGGGCUAUUUAUGAUUUAAGUUGUAAAAUGUAUUUGGUGCUGUUUUGUUACAAAUAAAUAUUUGCAUGAUUUCUACUAACUCACUGCAUAAACACACUAUUAACCUGUUCGAAAUUAAUCUUUGCUUUUAUAAUUUAAAUUUCUGUUCACUCACCUGGGAAACAUUCAUAUAUUUUAUAUUUAGGAAGUGAUACAUGUUUUUUUUUACCCAUCUUGUGAGGUUUGACAUCAGUAAAGAGAUUGACAUAUGGUGUUAAAGAGGUAAGAAGUCCCCUUAUAUUCUGCUAUCUUAGCUAUAAAAACAAGCUGUGCAUUCAGAGCACAACAAACAGACAUCAGAACUGUGAUUGCUGAGUGACAAAUUGCAGAGUUUUCAUCUGCAGUGUCUCUUCUAACCUUUUUUUUUCCCCCUUAACUUUUCUGUCACUGAACUUGAGAUCAUGCAAUGCAUCUUUAAACCUCAUGGCUGCCGUCCAGUUAAACUCUAAACAGGUAAACCUUAAAAUACUGAUUUUAAUAUUCUAAUCUAACGUCCACUAACGAAAAAGUAAACCUGCCCUUUUUCAACCCAGACUAAACACCUCUCUAACUAGAUGCUUCUAAAUGCUACAUUGGUAUAAAUGAUGAUAAACAACACUAAAAUGAUGUUCUAAACUUCACAUGAAUUAAGAUACUACAAUACUAAAUUUCAGCACAUUUACC